AAUCAAUAUAUUUUGCACUUUGUUGCAUGUUACUUUCCACCCAUAAUAAAAUAUAGAACUGAUGCAUUUAAAAAAGUGAGUUAUUGUUUUAUAUAUAUAUAUAUGUAUAUUUUAUUUUUAACAGUGUACAUUGAACGGCCCACUGUGAUUAUGUUAUUAAUACAGUCUGAGCCCGUCUCUCUUUUUAUACGUUUUAUAUCACAACAGCGCGCUCGUGUGGAAGCUCUGUGUUCAUUCAUGCGUUCCUGCCAGUUUAUAGAUCCAUCUUCCGUGUUUUUCAACCAUCUUGUUCUUUCCAUGUUUAUAAACAGAGGCUAGAGAUAAAAAAAAAAGACUAAAUCUGAGGUGGACGAACCAACUACAGUGACGACACCACAUUUUCUUGGGGAUUGAGGAGCAUUUCACAGGUUUAUCCGCGUUAUCCAAUAAAUGCACUAAUUUGUAUUUUGGUCAGUCACCCAACUUUAAGAUAAUAUUAUAUUAAUAUCAAUCAUAAUAAUAAUAAAUACCACAUUUUAUUUGUAUGGCACUUUUCAUAAUAAUCAGACACUUUACAUUAAAACCAUCAAAUAUCAAAAAGGAAAACAUACAAAUACACAAUUUUGGUCACGCAAUAAAAGCAGGGAAUAUUUAAUAACAACAUCAAAAAUGUAAUCCUGCAUGGUAUGUUUUCUCUUUCUUUUUAUAGCGUGUGAGAUUUACUCAUGUUGUUAUAUACUAUCGCGGAACCAUUUGCAUUUGCAGAUUUUCUCACAUCCGUCAUCCAGGAAAGACACGAAAGUAGAAACAUGUAAUUUAGAAUGCUACCACGGUGGUUUUAUCUACGCGAUGUUCUACUGUGCUCGACCUGCAGUUCCCUGGUGUGACGACAAUAACUGCAGCCAAUCAGCGGAGGUGCCCAGAUGUGGUGUUCAGGAAACAGAACCCUCCGCCCUCAUCCAUUCACUUUUUUAAAAAGAGUGUUUGUAAUUCCGCGCAGCUGCAGUUUGUGUAUCUUCAUCUUUAUUGUGCUUUCAAAUAUUGUUGUUGUUGUUUUUGCCUGUGAUUUAAAACGUUUCAGUGUUUAACAUACGCUAUGCAAACAUUAUUUCGUCCCAAAUAUACUAUAUGGUAGAGCUUUUUAUGUUGCAUUCCUCUGAGGAAAAUUUUCAAUAUGAUUUUGAUUUUUUGCUGUACAAAAGAAACGGAAUUAAAUGGAACAGCUGGGAAAUUAUUUCUGAUAACUAACGUGGGUGUCGUUUGAUUGCCAAGUCUACGCGGCGGUCCUGAACGCAGCACCAGUCCCGUUCCCGCGCGGACUCCAGUCCCGUUCUUGCACCGACCAGGACUCCAUGUUGUUCCGACAGCCACGGAGCGAACAAGUGCCCCGGCCGAAAACUCUCGCGUUGCAACUUUGUGUGUGCAAGAAGUAAAGUGUUUGUGCGCGUGUAUAUACAUGUGUGUGCGCGCGCGCGCGUGUUGACCCUCCGAAAGAAGAUGGCAGACUACCGGGAAGACACCGGAGCCCGAGCCCUGCUCGCUUUACAGUCGGCACCAUGCAGUCCCGUGCGCGUCGCGGUGACCUCGCACUCGUACCUCCAGUCCUCGCUCGCCCUCCUCGGCCCUCCGAUGAUGGAAGCCCGCGGCGACGCCGGACUUUUCCCCGUGCGCCUCGCCUGUCCUGCUCCGCAGGCCCUGGCCAGACUCGAGGGCCGGGACUUCGAGUUUGUGAUGCGCCAGAGGACGGUCACCGUAGGCCGGAACUCGUCUCACGGCUCCGUGGACAUCAACAUGGGUCACUCGAGCUUCAUUUCCAGGCGACACCUGCAGAUCACCUACGACGAGGCGAACGGGUUCUCCCUCCGGUGCUUGGGCAAGAACGGCGUGUUCGUUGACGGGGUGUUCCAGCGGAGAGGGGCGCCCCCGCUGUCGCUACCCAGAGAGUGUGUGUUUCGUUUUCCCAGUACGGUAAUCAAGAUCCAGUUCAUGUCCCUCCUGCUGCUGGAGGAGCACCGAGAGAAGGAGAUGGCCUCGCUCCCGCCUCGCCCGCUUCUGCCCCACAUUUCCCCCCUCAAAAUCAGCAUUCCCACAAUGCAGCAGCACGAAGAGCACAUCAGGGCGUUUGGAUCGCCGCUGCCCUCGCCCACGGGCACCCUCAGUGUUCCUAACUCCUGUCCGGCCAGUCCGCGGGGGGCAGGCUCAUCGGGGUAUCGCUAUGGACGCAACGUGACCUCUGACCUCCAGUUAGCAGCUGAAUAUGCCGCCAAGGCGGUUUCUGAGCAGAGGCGGAGCGUUGUCGAGCAGAGGGGCGGAGGGAGCGAGCAGCGGGGGGAGUCGGCUGGGGGAGACAGCCCCAAGGACGAGUCCAAGCCACCUUAUUCCUACGCGCAGCUCAUCGUCCAGGCCAUCUCUUCUGCCCCGGACAAACAGCUGACCCUCAGCGGCAUCUACGCGCACAUCACCAAACACUACCCCUACUAUCGCACCGCGGACAAGGGCUGGCAGAACUCGAUAAGGCACAACCUGUCUCUCAACCGCUACUUUCUGAAAGUGGCCCGUUCCCAGGACGAGCCCGGCAAGGGGAGCUUCUGGCGGGUGGAUUCCGCUUCUGAGAGCAAGUUGGUGGAGCAGGCCUUCAGGAAAAGACGGCAGAGGGGCGUGGCCUGCUUCAGGACGCCGUUCGGACCGCUCUCUUCGAGAACAAAGAGUGCUCCGGCGUCCCCGACCCACCAGGGACUUCUCUCUCCUCCAUCAAGCGGGCUGCAGACUCCUGAAUGUCUGAGCAGGGAGGGCUCUCCCAUCUCCCACGACCACCACGAACAGCUGGUUAACAAACUGGCGUCCGUACCGGAGUACAGGUACUCUCAGAGUGCCCCAGGCUCUCCGGUCAGCGCUCAGCACGUCAUCAUGGCAGCGCCCGCGCACCCAGCGGCGCUGCCCUCAGGGCAAGGCAAAGCCCUCGCUUUCCUUCCAGGCGGCGGCCAAGUCCAGCCCAUCCACAUGCUCCAGAACCCAACUCAGUCCUCCAUCACCAUGGUGCGGCUGGUGACCAGCGGCCCUCCGGCUUCCAACGCCCCCAAUGGCUACAGCGCCCCCCCUGCUGGAGGAACCGAGGGCCACACUGAGCUCAGAGACGCCCAGCUGACCCGAGAGCGAGUGAUCCAGACGGUGGACAGCGCGCUGCACGGCGGUGACGGGCGAAACACGGCCCACGGUUUACAUCAACUUCCUGUUCGCACUGUUACUCAGAAUGGCAAACAAACCUCUGCUGUUGCCACAGCAACCAGUCUGGCAAACGCUUCUGGCCUCAGUAGCCCGCUGCAGAUCUUGGCUGCGCAGGCUUCCAGCUCCCCUCCAGUGCUGGUGAGCAGACCGCCCAGUGCAGAAACUUUAGCGGAGCCCCUGACCAAGCGGCCGAAGAUGGAGGACGAGAGCGGGACUGCCUCCGUUCAGCAUCAGGUCACGCCUGCUCAGCAGCCUGUCAUCGUUGCCAUGACAUCACAAACCCACGACCCUCGGAAGUGAGACCCAGGGGCCUCUAACCAGGUACCCAACGGACAGCAUCCUCCUGGGCCCCUAACUGCUUCGCCUUUUAUACUAUUUGAUAUGACUGCGGCCGCCAUGGCCAAAACGAUGUACAGGCAGCCUCGAUUAAUUCGUUAAUUUGUAAGGAACACAUUUCUUUUGGUCAAAAAUAAAUACAAACUUUCAGGACUUUUUCAGCUUUACAGUCUUUUUAAUGUAAUCCAUUACUCACUGACAACACAAGUAAGGAUAUUAAGCUUAUAAGCAUAUUACAAUCAUUUCAGCACUACCGUUACUAUGUGAAUAUUGGAUAUCUUGGAUACAUGAGAUGCAUCGGUUACCGUCACUUAGGCCAAAGGACUCCUGAGUCAUUGCCUGACUGUAAAAACAGGGAACGUGUGUUCAGAGAUUUGAAAUGGCCGGCAUUUAUAGACGAUCGGAGUAGUUAUUGUGUAACUUGAGAUAGGACUGCGCUGCGUAUACCCAGACCACUGUAGAGGCGCGGGAGACUGUAAAGAAUAUGAUUGUACUCUUCAUGAGGCAACUUUUACUCAAAAGGUCUCACUUAAAAAAAGAUUUAAAAAAAGGAAAGAUAUUAAUAUUAAGACCCUGAAUGUGAGGCGUCUAGCAUUCUUGCCUUCUCUGCAAAGCACAAAUGGGAGGACAUCCAGGAAUAAGAAAUAAGUACUUUGUACGUUUCAUUAAUUCAGCUCAGUUUGGUUUAUCAGGAUGAAGCUGCUCAGAUUCAAAAGGAUCUGAGUGGUUGGACAGCAGAGGGGUAAAAAUUAAAUUAAAAAAGGCAUCUUGAGUUGAUUGAAGUGGAUCUAAUCUAAUAUAGACAAACUGAUUGUUUUAAUUUAGUUUUUGUUUCAGUAGUGGUAAAAGGAGAACAGCCUGUGCGUACGGUGUCUUUGUGUUAGCAAAGAAAAGCAUUAUUGUAAUAAUCCUUAAAGCCUUAAAGAUUUCUACUUUUUUUUUUUCUUAACCUUUUAAGUUAACACAGCGCUUUAACAGAACAUGACGGGCAACACUACAACGGGGACGGUUAUGUUGCCUCAGUUUAAUCGGGGGGGGGGGGAGGGACCAACACACGGCCGCAGAUGUCGACAGCUCUCGUCUCGAUUUCUUUCCGUGCGGUACUUCUGACACUUUUUCUACCGGACUCUUUUGCUUUCGCUCUCCCUUAAAUACCUUUUCUCCCGAUCUACCUCUCCUCAGUGAGCCGUCUCUGCAGAGGCGUCGAGCUUUUAGCGACUCUGCCCCCGAUAGACGUUCUUCUGUCCUCGCUCAGGCCUCGUUUUCAGCUCGUUAUCAGGCUCAAUUUGCGAAAGAUUUCAGUGAUUGUUGUUGCACAUUAGAAAAAUAAAAACAAAAAGAUGCGUAACGAUUGUAUGCUGCUCUAUCUGCUAAAUGACAAAGCUAUUUAGGAUAUUUUUUCUGAUUUUUAGAGAAGAGAAAUAUUUUACUAUAUGUAAAAACAGCUGUCGUCAAUACAUUCUGGAAAUAGAGAAGUAUAUGUAUUUUUAAAUGUUUCUGUGAUUUGUUCAAAUGUGUAGCACAAAUUAAAAUUCCUCAUUGACUUA